ACAAACGCAUUGAGAUUUAUCUGGUGCGGUGUGCAAUUAAUUUUCGUAUGUUUUCUAUUAAAAAUGAACAGAUAUUUAAACUAGAAGGAUGAAAAGAGUGAAAAUGACAUCACACAAAGGAUACUUUUCAACAUAUCAAAGUCCUAACAUUGUUAUUGAUCCUAACAAGUCAAACUAUCCACCAAUUGUGAAGAAAAUGAAAGCAGAUAACAGAGUAAACACAAAUUUAAAAAUUCUACAAGAUAAUAAAAUGUCAGAACUUUAUACAGAGAUGGACUCUAAUCUAGUCAAAAAAAUAAAUAAAGAUGAUUUAAAGAAACCAAUUAAAAGUGAAAUUACCCCAAAUAAAAUAUUGAGUAAUGGUCCUAAUAAAUCUAACACAGUUAGGAUAGGAGAAAACAUUUCUUCUAAAAUUAAACUUGAACAAAACUACAAGCCUAAUAAUCAGAGAGAAAACGUAACAUCCCAGUUUACUUCAGGAUUAAUAUUAAAUAGUAAUAAGUCAUGUACCAACAAUACAGAUCUGAAUAAAGAGAGUUUCAAAGACAAUACAUUUAGUAACAAUAUAAAAAUUGAACCAAACAAUAACUCUGAUGGUGAUAUGGGAACAUCUAACAAAGAGGGGAAUUGUUUAGAGAGAACAUCAACAUUAACAAAUUGUGUGAACAACAACAAUACUGUUAAAAACGAAGAAAACAUGGAUAUAAAUAAAACAUUUAAACACAAAGUUAAGGAAACUAAAGAGGAAAAUAUGCCUGAAAAAUUUAAAGAAGCAACGAAAAAGAAUUCAGCACAAGUAAAUCGAAAGUACUCCACAAAGGAUGUGAAACAAGGCAAAAACGAAACUGUACAGCCCAAAACAAUAAAAAUAAUUAUUAAUGUGACAUAUAAUAAUUUGCAUAGCAAAAAUAAUACAAGAUCAACCAAUAGCAAUGUUGACGGAGAUUUGAGUUUUCUGGACGAUUUUGAUGUAGAUGAAGUGGUAGAAAGUUUAUUUAAUGGCAAGCAACAAAAUAAACCUAUAAUUAAUGACGAAAAGGUAACCGAAAGUUCCAAAAGAAGAAAAACGUCGAAUACAGAACAGACAAAUACAAAUCACAAAGAAAAGCACACUUCAAAGGUUGACAAUAAGACUGAAGAAAUACAAAAACUAAAUAUCGAAAAAGAAAAAUCACCAGCAGGUAUACCAACAGAAAAAAAUAAAAGAAAAAAUGAAAAUGAUCAAAUUGAUUGCAAUAUUGUUCCUAAAAAUAUGAAUAAUAAAUCUAAGAGUAACAUAAUUAGUACAGAACGCAAAAAAGAUUCUAAAGAAACUAAAAAGGAGGUUUGCUCGGAAAAAGUUAAAUGUGUAGAUCAUAGUACAAAUAAACAUAAUAUUGGUCAUGGUAUAUUAAACAAGUUUGUUACAAAAUCGGAUAAAGAUUUAGCACAUAACUUAGAAAUAAAGAUGUAUGAUACCUUGAAACAAAAAUAUUCUGUACUUGCUGUGACACACUACGGAAAGUUUUCUAAAAUAUUUAAAUGUAUUGGUACAUCUGGAGAUUGCUACGCUGUGAAGAUACUAGACAAUCCUUCAACAAAUCAUUUAAAAGAAAAGAAAAAAGAGAACAUUCUACAGGAACUAAAGAAGGAUAUUCCAGAAGAAAAUUUACGCUGUAUUCAUUUGUUGCACAGUUUUCAAAUAGAUAGACACAUGUGUUAUAUGACAAAUUACUAUGCAGUUAACCUUGAACAAAUAUUGAUUGAAAAAAAGUUUCACAUAGAAGAAAUACAAGCUUUAAGUAAACAAUUAGUUGAGGCGGUCAUUGUAUUAAGAAGCAAAAAUAUUGUUCAUCAUGAUAUAAAACCAAGUCAUAUACUUCUAGACGAUAAAGCAGAGAAGCUUACGCUAUGCGGAUUUGACGAAGCAAUUUUAUACGUGCAUUCAGAUAAUUUAAAAAGUAAUAUUGGAACAGUAAAUUAUGCGUCACCAGAGAAAAUUUUAGGCCACUCUCAUGGUUUUCCUGUCGACGUAUGGUCUACGGCGUUGGUGAUUUAUGAAAUGGCAACAAAUACUAUGCUAUUCACGGGAACGACAGAUAAUGAAGUUUUAUUCAAACAGAUGAGUGUUUUAGGUAAUAUGCCUGAGUAUAUUAUUAAGGAGUCCAGAUUUAGAAAUAUGCAUUUUCGUGGAACGACAUUUAUCAAAAAGGGUUUGAAUCAGUAUUCUGACAUCAGGAUACACAAUUUUGUGAAAAAUAAUAACAUCUACUCAUCAAUAAUUGCUGCGCAGUCUACACGUGAUAUUGCAUGUGAAAACAUAGAAUAUAAAUUACAAUCAUUGGUCAGAUUAUUGGGAAGAAUGUUGGUAAUAGAUCCUAGAAAACGAUUAACAAUUGAAUAUGUUUAUGCUGAUAAUUUUUUCUUUCAAAAAACAAUUUGAGUUCAGUGAUUUAAUUUGAGUUAAACCUAAAUAGUUUAUGUUUUUAGUUCCUUAGUGUCAUGUUCUAAUCUAAACCUGUUAAAAAAGUUAAUUAACUUGUCUAUGGUUAGAUUCUAACCUAUAAUUGUGGCUAUUUUUAAUUUGAUUACAUAUUUAAAGGCCAGCCCUGUACUCAGUUUCUAUACCAUAUUAAGUGUAAAACCUUUAAUAUGUAUACAUUUCAAGAUAUAAAUUUAAAAGGUAGACUAAAGGCUGAAUACUGAAACGAAAUUUCAGUUCCUAAGUUUUUAAUUGUAUUUGGAUGUUACGUGUGGCUUUGUAUUUUAGGCGCAGUAAUAUUAAAUGUUUCAGUAUUCAGCUGUAUGUGUUUAGAAAUCAUGUUUUAGUGUUUCAUAUGAUUUUGAUUAAUCAUUUGUAAGCAGUGAAAUUACAAGUUUUGUUUUUAUUGUAAUCCUUACAUGAUUAAAAUUGUUACUCGCAAGAUUCAUUCUAUAAGUUAAGUUUUCCGAACUGUAUAGGCCAUAAGAUU